GCCAACCGAAUUACUUCAUCGAGGGGCACAGCAACGGCUCUUAUCCGAUAAGAGCUACAACCCACUAUUGACUCAUAAGCGCAGUAAGGCUUACAGGAGCUAAGCCUAACUGCGUUACUCCAAAUCCACAUCCCGCAUCCAUGGGCGCUAGGGUUACACGGACCCAUCGGAGGAUACAAAUUUCCCUUGCCGACUCUCCAUUGAAUUUUCAAGAUCGAGCCUACCUACAUGUAGGUAUCUACCUAUCUAUCUACCUAUCUGCUUAAGCUACAACUUGCGCCGUGGACAUACUGGAAUUGCAAAGUAUCUACCUACCCAUUAUCUCGAGGGCAUGGUCAUCCGGGGACAUCGUCUGAGGCCUGAAGACUAGGAGAGAGCGUGGUAUAUUGCCGUCAAAAUGGUGCGCUUAAAGCCUCUUCUCAACCCGCAACAACUGCGCACCGCCCUAGCGCCCACAACCCCCCUCGCAGCCCUCCGCCCCUCCAUCCGCGCCUCCUCCUCGACCACGACGCGGCCCGCCGGCGCAAUCCCCCCUCCCACGCCCUUCAUCCCCGACGUGCAGACCUUCCUCACAGUCAUCGGCCGGGGCCUAAGCCAGCACGCCUCCAAGUUCCCCACCUGGGACGCCCUGUUCUCGCUGACGUCGGACCAGCUGCGCGAGCUCGGCGUCGAGCCCCCGCGCACGCGCCGCUACCUCCUGCAGUGGCGCCAGCGCUUCCGCCAGGGCCGGUACGGCAUCGGAGGCGACCUGCAGCACGUCGAGGACGGCAAGGCCGACCUGCGCAUCCUCGAGUCCGAGCGCGACCCCGUCAACCCGCGCAAGUACGUGGUGAACGUGCCGCCCGGCCGCGCCGUCAAGGACUGCGCCUUGCACGACAUGUCCCGCGUCCGCGGGUACAAGAUCGAGGGCGCCAAGACCAUCGUCGGCCCCUACGCGCUGCCGCUCAAGGGCGGCGAAGGCGUCCGCGUGUCUGUUACGGAGGGCAUGUGGGAGGACCGCCGCGGCCACAAGAUCGACGGUGGUGAGAGGAGAAGGACCGAGGUCCGGUACAAGAAGCGUAUUGCCGAGCGGCGCGAGAUGAGAGAACGGGGCGAGCUGUAGACGAUGCAUAGUGUAACUGAACAUUAAUUAAAUAAAAAAACCCU